UAUACAUUUUUCAGUAGGGAGCCGCCGACAACUACUCGAUAGAUAACAUCUGCUGUUUCACCUAGAAAAUUGCUUCCGAGUUGACUCAGUUUGCUCUGGUUUCACUCGUUGUCCGAUCCCAAAAAAAGAAAGAAAGAAGAAAGGCCUUUCCUCUUGGGUCUUGCGAGUGAGACAACCUACUUCUCAAAUCGAUGGCGACUGAGAAACCUAUUACUACAGAGACUGUUGCACUCACUGAGAAGAAGAUGGACAUGUCUUUAGAUGAAAUUAUCAAGAUGGAGAAGAGUAAUACCAAUGUGAAUAAGGGCAAGAAACAGAGAGCAUCAAAUAAAAAGGAGAAAUUUAAUGGUGCUGCGAAGAAUCGUGCGGUUAAAGCACAGCGUUAUAUGGACUCACGGUCUGAUGUUAGACAGGGUGCUUUUGCUAAGAGAAGGUCUAAUUUCCAAGGAAAUCAGUUUCCUGUUACAACAACCGUUGCUCGUAAAGCUGCUUCUGCUACUCCGCGUGGUAGGCCUUAUAAUGCUGGAAACACGACAAAUACAAAUCAAACAAGGUUUAUUACUCCGCCAGUUCAGAAUAGAUCUGUACAGAGAGGGUUUGUCGCAAAGCAACAUCAGCAGCAGAAGCAAGCAAAUGGACAGAGGCAAUGGCCUCAGACACUGGACUCUCGUUUUGCAAAUAUGAAGGAAGAGAGAUUGAGAAUGAGUAGGUUUGCAGAGAAUAGAAGCAAUGUAGGAAGCAAUGGCGCUGGAUUGUAUCAGCAUCAGCAGCAGCAGCAGCGUUCGAUGGUCCCGUGGGGGAGGAGAGCUGCAAGAUUCCAAAACUGAUUUAUAAGAUCAUUACAACAAUGGUGUUUCUUGGGUAGGGUGAAUACAUAUGCUACUUAUGCAGUUUGGUUUGAAUUCAAUAUCUAUUUGUGAAUCUCUUUCUUGAAACUAGCAGAAAAAACAAAAAUCUUGAAUCUUCUUGUUGUCCUUUGGGUGUUCUUUAGUCAGUGAAUGAGGGAUAGAGAAAUUGACCAUUUU